AUGAUGUCCACCGAGAUGAAAACGUUUUCGCUGUGCUUCGUUUUACUGUUGGCGAAAAUUUCAGCCUUUGGAUUAGUCAAUGGUGAUUCAUCACCAGGACCCGUAUAUGUCAAUCCGGAUUUAGUUUACGAAAAACCAGAACCUGUCGCUUCGCAGGUAGUUUCGCCCGAUUCUCAAAUCACGCAAACAGUAUAUGGAUUUUUGGACUUUACUACAACGAUUGGUAACACUGUUAUGGUUUUCAUGCCACAAAGUGCGUCUACUUCACCAGGUACUACUACAGUUGAAGAACCUUCGACUACAGAAGGUACAACCACCACUAUUGAAGAAAAACCCAUUACAAAAGAACAGCUGGAAACAGAGUCCAUUGGAAUUACUCCCAGUAAACCAGUGAACUUACCGAUGGAUUCAAAAAAUGAAGAAAUAGUUAUGACUUCAAAUGAACCUAUAACCACCACAAAAGAAACAACUAUUGCCGAACCGACGACCACUACUACAAAAGAACCACCCACUACGAAAACCAUAAUAAAAAAAUCUGAACAAGAGAAAAAAUCAACAGGAGCUCCAGUGACAACAAAGAAAACCAAUGCUAAGCCAACUACUCCAUCACCUCCAAAACCAAAACCAGUUGGAAACGCAAAUAAAGAACCUGUAAUAAGCUCAAAGGUUGUGGUUUUGGCGGGUUCUAAAGUCGUGGAAAAUAUCGUAACCAAAGUCGAGGUCAUUGAGGGAAGUGCACCAGAACCAUCGAAGGUGGUGGAAAAGGCGAUUUACAGUAAAGUAGAAGUUAUUUCUGGUGAACCGGUCGAAGAGGUGGCAGUAAACCAUUUACAACCAACACCAGAAUAUGAUUUCCUUUCCCGACAACCUUCAGAAGUUGUGGAUGAGACGUUCAAAGUGAUUGAUUUGAAACCUAGCUUAUCGAGACACGUCCUCGUUCAGAAAAGUCGAGGUCCCGAAGGAAAACUCCGAGCUUUCAACUCUGUAGCAAACUUUAACGCGGAAGAAGAGCCUACGACAAAUAAGGCACCGAAAAAAGUAGCAGUAAAGAUAUCCCCAUCUGCGUCUGGUGUCAGAAUCCUGAAAACAGCUGCACCUAAGCCCUCUACCAGAUCACCAAACGUUGAACCUACACCAGCCACAUCUGGAUUGGAAGACGAAUCCCUAGAGUCGUUAGUAGGCUCACAACCUGGUUCGGUAUUGGUUCGACAAUCCAGGAGGCCAGCUAUUGGUGGAGGUUUCAAUAAAAAUAAGUACACACCUACGCCAAAAAGCAAAUCAAAAGAAUUUGAAGAUUAUUCGACUACCGAUGAAGAACAAAAUGAAUUCACCUCUGCUCAAAAUGAGCCGACUACUCCAAGUUACAGGAAAGGGUCUAAAUUCACCUCAAAAAUUACUACUACAACACAGAGAGUUCCCAGUUUUAAACAAAACCGAUUUAACAGACCGACCACCGCUGAGCCAGAAGUGGAGUCUACUGAAGGAUCUGCUACUCAAAGACGUUUCCAGCCUAGUGCCAAGCGUUAUGACAGUAACACCAGUGCGGCGGUAGUGACACCAGCUAACCGUCGGGCUUUCAAAAAACACUUUCAACAACAAGAACAGUCCCCCCAGUCCAGCCCACAACCCAUCCCGACUGCUCCGUUGACGUUCAAAUCCAAACUCAUCCGACCAACUGGACGUUGGGAGUACAAAACAUCUCCCAAACCUCGUGUAACCAUUCGCCGUAUCGAUGAAAAUCGACAUGCACAGGAAAAUGCUACCACACCAUUGACACCACAUUUCCCCGACGUACAAGUUGACAACGGAGACCAAGCGUUGGCCGGUUCAGGUUUAUUGCCAGCCUUACAACACGACGAUGACAACGACGUUCUUGUUCAAGACGUAAGCCCGUCUGCAAAUGCUGAAACAAUCCGAGUGGAAAUUUCUACUCCAGCUGAAUUCAAGGACAUAUAUUACGAAAUUGCCACGAUCAAAUCACCGUACUCAUUCCAAGUGGGUUCAGUGAAGAAUACCAGGUUCAUAACGGUGACGUCGACGAUCCAAAAGAGCCUGGUGGAGCAGACCGAUAGCCCGUCACCGGCCAGAGUGCAGGAACCACUGUCCGAGAACAUACUUGCCAGCCAAGCACCCAACCUAUACGGCCGCGAGCAGCCACUGGACUCCAGCCUGGCCACACUGCCACCGAUCUCGCUUUCCCCAGACCAGGCCACCCCACCUCUGGAGACGAUGACUGAGAGCUUCAGUACUACCGAGCUGAUGCUCAAGACGCACAUCCUGCCGGUGGUCCGCGGGACGGACACCAGCAGCGUGACGCUGGUCCAGUCGUACAAGGUGACCAGACUGGUUACCGCGGUCAAGACCCUGCCGCCGAUGGAGGUGUACCAGUUCGUGCCCAGCAAGACGCUCAACGAGUUCAACACGAGGCUGGACGAGGCCGGAUCCGAGCUGCACCUGGAACUCGAGUAUGGCGACAGUGGCAACCACGACGACGAGUCUUCGCACCCGAGCGCGGCCAAGGCGUUCCUGGACAGCUUGGACCUGUCCAACGUAGGAUCGUCAUUCGACGUGUCGCAGAUGGACAAGGCGAACGGAGGGCGGUCUAAGAAGGCACACCGGAUGGCUUCGGCGUCGGGCAACUCAUCGUCGGAACACCCGUCGCACCAGUACCAGCAGCAGCUGCAGGCGCCCACCAUGAGCCCCGAACAGCUACAGCAGCUGGCCCUUUACCGGCUUCUGAACCCGAACGCUCCGAUACCGGCGCCGGUCAUCACCACCUCUCGGCCGGUUCUGAGGUACGAGACCGUGUACGAGACGCACGCCCUUCCCGUUGUCAACGGUGGCGCCACGUACUACACCACCCUGUCGCGGCCCGUUGGUACGGUGACCAGGACCGAUUACGAGCUGGUUACCACCACGCUGGCCAUACCACAACCGCAGUCACUGCCGUUCCAGCAGCCGCAGCAGCAGCUCCAGCCCACUCCCCUGUUCCAGUUCCAGCAGACCCCGAUGUUCCCGCAGCAACUCCAGCAGCAGCAGCCGACGCUGUUCCCGGCCCAGCCAUCGUUCGCCAUCACGUCCACGCCCGUCGUCACCCAGUCGAUGGUCACGCAGACUGACAGCAAGGUGCUGAAGCUCACAUUCGGCGCCAAGACCGCGUACACCACCAUCUACUCCAGCUCGGUGGUUCCCACCCAGGUCACGUCGUACGUGACCCAGUCCGUGGCCGUCCAGCCGACCGUCGCCCAGUUCCCCAACUUCAUACCGUACGGCGGUUACCCGUUCCUGGGCUAG